CUAAUAAGCCUAUCCCUAGAUGGAAUUGAAGAAGUGUCUCUUCUCCCGCGGGGAGUUUCUCUUCUUCUCCUCUUCCUGGCGGUUAUCUUGACGCCAAAGACAUCUCUCUCUGCUGGUCUUCUUCACCAAGAGAGCAUACCGCCUGAAAAUUCCAGAGAGGCGGCUGCCGGAUCCCGCCCCCGGAAGUUGCACACAUCUUCAUUCCCAACCCAACGGCCGGUGGUAGAGCAGGGUGCAAUCUCCUCGGCCACGGGGGAGAUUAAAGGCCGCGUUCCUGUCUGCAAUUGCAGAGGAGGAAGACGACGUUCGAGCAUCGGGCAACAGACUCCAAGCCUGUGCAUCGACCACCGGCGGAACUCCUAAGGCAGAUAGGUUCUAUCGGAAACCAGCGGCGAAGAAAUCAUCUCCGGUGCUAUCUACGGUGGCAUCUAGCUGUCGAGCAGGAUAUGGUCGCCUUCCUGAAUGUGUUGAGGAUCGCUGGACGCGAUUACAGCGCAAUCGGAGCUGCUGUUGAGUUAACGCCAAGAUUCCAAAGCUCCGCCUGAACCUGAAAAGACGUUGGAACAGGGGAAUCACGUCCUGCCGGCGACAGACGUCAGUUCGAUCGGCCGGCGUUGAUUAUCCCGGCCAAAUCAGAGGUAUAGCAUGGAACGAAUGGAAUCCUAGGAGUCUAGAGAUUGUUCAUGCACAGUUUCGGAAUUUUUGGAGAUCUGAUGAUGCAUCUGUGAAUUUCCGAAGCGCCGCUGUUUUCUGAAGCUGUCGAAGAAGACAGAAACAGGGAACGACUGAAGACUGCCAGAUUCAGGCGACCAGAAAUCUGGCGCGCUAUUCCUCCCUGGAGCUGAUUUGGGGCUGAUACUUGGGCGUCCAUUCCUCAUUCCAUGGGAGGCAGAAUUCCACUUGAGUUAGCCGAGUUGAGCAGCAUCAUUGCAACCAUGGGACGCAAAGGGAAAUCUAUUCAGCAAGGCAUAUUAGAACCCGAGGGUGAUUAUGAGGCUGAGGCAGAAAUGGGCCGUGGUGAUGACCGGGUAACACGACUUGAUCAAGACAUGGGUGAGGUUAGAGCCCAAUCCCAUAAGUUAGACGCCUUGGAUGAGAUAGGAGGGAUGUUGUCGAGUCUCAUGGUCUCUCUUCAGGAAAUUAAAGCCUCAAAUGAACAGCUUAAUCAACGCAUGGAGCGACUUGAGAAAAUGACACAAGGUGUUACUAACCACCAAGAUAAGGGAAAGGGAAUCCUUUGUUCACUGAGCACAUGUUAUAAAAAGGGCAAAGAAGAUUUUAGGCCACCCGCCAUCCGAGUCCAAUUUCCUAAGUUUGAGGGCAAGGAACCCCAUCAUUGGAUAUUUAAAGUGGAGCGAUACUUCACUUACCAAAAUGUGCCGGUUGAAGAUUGGGUCAUCCUCUCAGGACUACACUUUGAAGGGGAGGCUAUGCAAUGGUACCGGAGGCUCGAGCACACCCACCCGGUGAUAGAGUGGAACUUUUUCAAAAGUGCACUUCUAGUACGUUUCGGCGAGUCACCAUUUACGUACUACUACGACGUUGAAUUAAAGAACCUUAAACAAACGUCUACAGUGGAAGAGUACCAAAGACGGUUCGAAUACUUGGCUGGUAUAGCACAAGGAUGGUCAACUAGGGCUCAAAUUGGUGUAUUUAUCUAUGUCAAGGCCCCAUUGAGUUACUGGAAUGUUAUCCCAAGGCCAGAAGUAUAGAAGAAAAGAUUAGGCGGCUGAACAUGUUACGCAAGGAAGGCGACAACGAAGAAGGCUACGACGAAUUUGAGACCUAGGCCCAAACAACUCAGCAGGACGAGUCAAUGGAACCAGUUUUGAGGAGCGCAUUCAGGCGUUAAUGCUGUACAGCGGCCGAGUCUAACUCGACCGACCCGGUUAGUAUUUGCUUUUGUUUCUGUUUCAGUUUCUUGUAUCGGCACAGACCGAGAUAGUUGAGACCCGACACUAAGUUGAGCUGUAAUAACCCUAUCCCCAAAAUGAAUGAAUUGAUGAAGUUUUGAAUCGUGUGUUCUUGUUUA